UCUGUACCAUUUCCCCGACCAUUCCUCUAAAGCACACUGUUUAGGGCAAAUUGGUGCAAGCACGAGGCGGUCUCAUAUCCGAAUCGAUAUUUGCUCAUCUGAUUAAGUUCUCUUUCUUAUUUGCUGUUCUGGUCGUUUUUCUUUUCCGAUUUUGAGGAAAAUAAUUGAGCAUCCAAGGAGAAUGCAGUUGUAGAUUACAAGUAUGGCGAAGGUUGCGGUUCCUGGUUCUUUGUCAUCUAAUUCCCUUUCUUUCGAAAGAGAUGCUUCAAAGCUUCAACCUGAUACCACAAUGAAAAGGAAGACACCCUUGGAAUUGAGAGGGGAGCAGUUAAAUCGAAGGAGUUGCACAGAACAUGUAGAUGAAUCUGCAGUUCCUUUGUUUGGUCAUGAAAGGAACAGUAAUAGGACAGUUUGUGGGCUCAGGAAAACAGAUUCAGCAAAGAUUCCAAGAUACAUUGAUACACGUGUUAAUGAAGUAUUUCCUGUCAGAAAAUCUAGUGACAGAUUUAGAGUACUUUAUGGAAAAGAAAAAGCUAAGGAUAAUUUUUCUAGUGAUAAGACUACCAGUUUGGAGAAGCCUGCUAUUACUUCAAAUUUGGCUUCCACUAGCCAACCACAACUUCCAUGCCCCAGCAGUUUGGAAGCUUCAGGUGUAUCUGCCAAGGAUAGCAUGACUCAAGCCCAUCAGACAACUGAAAUGUUUAAACAAAACACAUUUCGCACUGUUGCAGAAAUUUCUUCUGGCAAUGAAAGGUUAUCAGGCCUGGCCACUGUUGAUAUGGAUAAAGCAUUGAAAGGACUGCUUUCUCGUGAACCCUCUGCUGUUUCACAUCCAAAUGGUGAUUCUAAUGAAAAGUUUGGUGACAUUCCAUCUAUCCAUUCUGGGACUUUUGUUUCUGAAUUCCACAUUCCUGGUCCUAAGACUCCUCUUGAUUUUACAUUGAAAACUUCAAUGCGGUUGGUCUCCUCUUCCUCGGUCAAUUGGUGUCAUAGGUUAGCCGUGAGUAGUACUCCCAGCACUAUGAUCCAAUUCAUUUCCCAAGUACAUGGUUCUAGGGAUCAAAAUGUUUCUCACUUGUUAGGUUGUACUUCCACAUUCGAGGUCAUGUAUGCAAAAGCCUUAUCUUCAUGGGUUUAUCCUCAAUCUUCUCUACCACCUUCUGUUAUAUCAGCAUUGACCUUGGCUGCUGGUCAGGGAGAUACUGAUUUCUUAUUAAAAAGACAGCUUGCCUGGGAGGUGUCAUUUCAGAAUCUUUAUUACAUGCUUAGAAAGAACAUUUGUGACAUUUUCUAUGUUUGUACUUCACAGUUUGUUGUGAUGUUCAUUGGUGGCACAUGCUUGGGGAAGAAAAUGCGCUUGUGCAAUGCUUAUGUCUCCCAAUCAACAAGAGGCUUACGGUCGUUGCUGAGAGAGCAAGAUGUUUGUUUUACCAUGCCUCUGUGGCACUCUGAAAUGGACCAAGUGGAUGCUGAAGACCUAGUUGAGCUUUCUGAGAUUGAGAAACACAGCAAGGGCCAGAUACGUCGCCUGGUUUCCACGUCUGACGUGGAUAAUAGUCCUCAGUCUCUUUUGGCUUUCAGGGGAAAUGAGAAUGUACAUGGAUUAUAUGAUUUUCUUUUAAAUUAUAGGUAUACCGUAAGUUCUUUGACUGGAAUUGAUGUUCCGCUACUUUAUGGACCAGUGCCAUUCCAAAAUGCAUCACUUUGUGCUCCGGAGGUGAAAUGCCGGGAGAUGAAGAGAGCCGACACUGUUGCUUUCCCUGUUAGAGCUUCCCAUACCGAUGAUGGUGAAUCCAAUCAAGGCUCAUCAGUUGGGAUCAGCUAUAGUAUUGAAAUCAAAGAUACAUUCCUUCCCCCAUGGAUUAUCAGUGGAGUAUGUGCGGCAAUGGGUUCUGAAGGGAGAAACUUUCAGGCAAGCUUUACAACUGAACCUCUCACUAUUGGCUUAAAUGUUGCUCUUGAAUCUGUUUCCUGCAAAUCUGAUCCUCAAACAGAAGGUGAAGGCUUGCUGGAAUGCACCAAUGCCUUUGGUGUCCCAGAAGCAGUGGUUAAUCCUUGUUUGCACUCUGCCUCAUUACGUGGCCUCAAGUAUAGUGAUGGAUCUUACACUGCUUCUCUUUUACCUAUAUGACUUGUUCCCAGAGAGCAUGUGUCAGAGAUGUUAUAUUGAGCUGCUGUAUUGGGGUAAAUUUUGUUGCCUUCAAUUGCUAUUUCCUACAUAGGAUACUGUAAUGGUUAUUUAAAUAUUCUAAAUGUAAAAAUACAAGUUUGAGAUAAUAAAUUGGUCAUUAAACAAUUGAUUUCAUAUGAUAUUACCAAAGUCUGUUCUGUAA